UUGAAAUUUGGUCAAAUUUGGUCUAUUCAUAGUGAAACGGUGAAGCCUUCUCCUGAUCGCUCCGCUAUCGUUCGUCUGCACAAAGCCGGCCGCCCGCCCGCCACGAUCGCUAAGCACCUCGGCAUCCACCGCAGCGUCGUGUAUUGCCCAGUUCAACGUUAUCGAGACCUUGGUGGACUCCAAGACCGUCGAAGAAGCGGAAGACCUCGUACUGCUCGCACGCCGAAGGUAGUCGCGGCCGACAGAAAGCAGAUAGCAAGUAACGCGACUCGGAGCAUCUCGACGAUGGCUCGCGACAUGGGAAUCUCGCGGAAUUCAAUGGAAAGGGUCGCCCACGAAGACCUUAAGAUGUUCGGCGUCCGCCCACAAGGCCAAGGUCGUCCAAGCGCGGUGCAAGAGCGAACUCCCCGACUUCAUCUCGGCAGAAGAGUGGCCGGUGUCGUGAACCCACUGGACUAUAACUUGUGGUCCUUCCUUGAGAGCAAGGUCUGCGCCACUCCCCACCCCAAUUUGGAUUUUCUGAAGACAGCGCUCAUCCGAGAAUGGGAAGAAAUCGACGACGCACUCCUGCGUCCGGUCAACGACGCCUUUCCCAAGCGACUCCGCGCUGUCGUCCGCGCUAAAGGUGGCCGAAUCGAGAAGUAA